AUGCCCCCCCGGAAAAGCGACCAGGCCGCCUCGCGCAAGAGCGACGUCUCGGCCGCGCGCUUCGUCCUCGCCCCGGAGAGCGAGGCGCACGCGGCCGACAAGCCCCUCGCCACCUCCGAGCCGCUGCCCUCCGCCGCGGCGCCCUCCAGCCCGUCCCAGCACGCAGCCGGGGGCCCGAGCACAGGCGGCGGUGGAGGAGCAGACGCGUCCUUCGUGUCGGCGGCACCGACAGAGGGCGGCAGCGGUGGUGGUGCGGGGAAGGAGGGCAACAAGAAGAAGGAGGAGAGUAAGGACAACCUGACCAUCGAGGACCUCAACCUACCCAAGUCGAUCAUCACACGCCUGGCCAAGGGCGUGCUGCCGCCCAACACGCAGAUACAGGCCAAUGCGAUACUGGCCAUGACCAAGAGCGCCAGCGUGUUUGUCAACCACCUGGCAUCAGCAGCUCCCCUUGUAUGGAGGGGAGCGCUCAGCGCAAACGACAUCACCCUAGCAUCCAACAAGAAGACCAUCAUGCCGCAGGACGUCUUCAGCGCCCUCGACGACAUCGAGUUCGGCUUCAUGCGGCCCCAGCUCGAGGCCGAGUUCGCAAAAUUCAACCAGAUCCAGACCUCCAAGCGGUCCACCUACCGCAAAAAGGUCGCCGCCGCCAAGCGCAGCGGCCCGGACGCCGACGGCGACGGCGACACCACCCUCGCCGACGCCUCGGCCCUCAGCGCCGACGCGACGGGCGUGCAGGCCGACGUCUCGACGCACGGCGAGACCAGCGUGCUGUCCUCCGCCUCCGCCACCGGGCACGAGCACCGGCAGCAGCAGCAGCAGCAGCAGAGGGCGCCCAAGAAGGCGCGCACCGAGGGCGGCGGCGCCGGUGCCAAUGACGACGAGGAGGAGCACAGCGACGCCGAGACGGAGCCCGAGGAGGAGCACGUCGACGAGGACGAAGAGGACGACGACGACGUCGAGGAGGAGGAGGAAGAAGAUGACGACAACGACGACGAGGGUGGCCGCCGGCGGGGAGAGGAGGACGAGGACAGGGACGCGCUGGAGGAGAGGGAACAGGGACCCGAUGACGACGAGGCGCUGGAUGGGAACGAGAGCGACUAG